AUGCGACGGUCUACUCGAGGCGGGCCACCGCCGCCGCCCGCCUCGGCGACAUCGUCAUCGUCGCUUUCUUCUGCCCGCCUCGAUCGCCACGGUCGAGCCCAGCAGCCCACCAAUCCCAAAUCUACCACACCUCGUUCAUUGUCUAGCGAGGAAGAGCUUCCACGACGCAGUCAACGCGCACACAUACCCAACGGCAAGGCGGCGGCUGGCGGAAGGACCGGCACAGGCGGCGCCACUGGCGACGACGGCGAUGCGGAAAUAGGCGGCGACGAAGAGGAGGUCACUCGCUGUCUCUGCGGCCAGACAGAGUAUCCUGGUCCACCUGACAUUGAGACUUUUGCGGGCAUUGUCGAUGCCGGCGAUCUGUUCAUCCAAUGCGACGGCUGCACCGUUUGGCAGCACGGCGGCUGUGUGGGCAUUGCAGAAGAGAAGCAGGUCCCGGACAAGUAUUAUUGCGAAGAGUGCGACCCUGCUCUCCACAGGAUACACACUGAUUCUAGAGGACAAAGAUAUUCGUUGUAUCUCCCACUUCACCCCAGAGCACGCAAAUCGUCCACAGUCAAACAUGACGACAAAGCGAAGAAAGAGAGGGAAUCGUUACUUUCACGGGCAAGUGUAGAUCCAUCAACUGGCAAGCGGCGGAUCACGAUGCGCAGCAAAGAGCUGGACGACGAAGAGGAACAACUGAAGAGAGCCAUCGAAGAGAGCAGACGAGAGGUCGAAGCAGGGUCCGAGAGCAGCGGUCGAAGGAGCACGAAGCGUGGUCGAGAUGACAGCAGUGAGGACAACAAACACGACCUGAAGCGCCAGCGCACACUUUCCGAAUCGUUACCAGUAGCUCCGUCGCUGGAAUUCGACUCCGAAGACCACGAAUCCACUCCCAAAGCCGGGCGGUUAAAAAAGGUCAAGUCUGAGUCCAAUUCGCGUCAAGCAGAACAACGGGACCGGGAUAAGGAACGCGAGAGGGCCCGAGCAGAAGCUGCUGGGCGACGACAAGAAAGGGCUGGACGGCGAAGAGCAGACGAUUUCGAUGUGCUCGAUGAGACUACCCCGAAGGCUAAUUCGAGCGCCCAUACCUCACCACCUUUACCUUCAUCCCAACCUAACUCUCCCCCGCCACCCACAGAAGGCGAUCGUAGCUCACAUCGGAAGAGCUCUGUUCAGAAGUCAAAAAAGCUGGGGAACAAUCAGUAUAGCACAAAGAACCGAGGCGCGACCUCGAAUAAUCUUUUGGAUUCUCCGCAUUCACGCAGACGGACAUACGCUGGUUCUGGCGAGAAUCCACUCAGCGGAGACGAAGACGAAGAUGACGAGGAGGAUGAGGAGGAGGAGGACAAUCUGUCAAAUGGCGACGCACCACUCUCAACUGAGAAGGGCGCCAUCGCAGCAUCGCAUCGUAAAGUGAGCCCGUCAACAGCGGCGAGCGGCACAAAACCUGCAUCUUCCACUUUCGGAGCUGUAGGUGAAGGCGGCUCCACUUCGACGAAUACCACGGCACCCUCUAUCGGAAGCGUGGCCGCAUCGGCCCCGGCAUCGCUCGGCGCGCCUUCUUCCACGAUCCCCAGCACCGUCAUCACCCCGGCGCCGGCCGAUACAGCUUCCGCGACCACCAUCAUCACCACCCGCGGUGGAAAGUUCUCACGUGGCCGGAGAGGCAAUGGACACGGAGCUUCCGCCCAGGUGACCGCUUCCUCCGGCUUGGAUGGUCUGGCCAAUGCCUCGGCGGGAGCUUCGCGCGGGCUUCUAGACGACAACCUCCAUUCUAACGCGCCGAUGGCCGGCGCGACAUCCGCCCCGCCUUCCUCACUCUUAUACCCGGAGAAGUCAUUUUCGAACAUGAAGACGGCGCUCGAGAGCAUGAGCCGCUGGGUCGCUCGACAGCAAUUAGAGCUGUUAUCAGCUCCUCCGCCCAUCGCCGCUGCUGCUUCCGCGACCACAACAGGCACCGAGUCGGACAGAAAGGCGAUCCUGCCGGCUACAGAGGGCGAAGGAGCCACAGCGACGACGACGACCAAAGAAGCCAAAGCCGCACAACCACAAUCACAACCUUCCCACGCCCCCGAGCCGGAGACUUCGACGACACCGACUCCACCCACGACAGCACCGACGACGACGACGACGACGACGACGACGACGACUACAACAACCGCCGCCGCCGCCGCCGUCGCAGCGAUCGCGACUUCUCGACCGUUCGACGAGCUCUCCUGCGCGGACAUGGCGGUGCGGCUACAGCAGGGCAUCGCGCAGUGGCAGGAGCAAUGGAGCCACCUCGCUUGA